CCUCACUAUUAGGUUUGUGGUUUGAAGUUGCACAUUCGUCAAGACUUCACAACAAUGUAUCACGAGGUAAUUGCACUUCAGAUGGCUGCCUGUGCUGUCAGAUUCAAAAGCUUUUUGAGCUACUUUGUAGAAUUUUUGUCAGCAUCAAAGCGAGGAGGUUUAUGAGGUCUAGGGAAUUGAGAGCACGGAUCUCUGGCAAAGGCAGGCACCAUUGACGUUUUCGAAAGAGAAGGCAGGGAUUCCAGUUGGAAGAGUAGGUUUUGAGAGCGAAGGAGUACAGCCAUCACUAGCCUGCGCUCAAUGCUGCAAUUCGGAAUAAUCGUGUGCUCCACGCAACAGGGAGAUGCUUGAGUUUGGGCUUCAUAUUGGAAGCAGAUAGACUAUAGUGGGAGUGCCCUCAGCCGUCAAGUGUGGUGGCAUGGGGGCAGCUGACUCCAAGCUCCCCACGCAGGGUGUGGUGGAUUCAAUAGAGACAAUCAAAGGUGGACGAAGUGCGGAGGGAUUGGAUCCUUGUAUAGAGAGGCUUCAAAACCUAAGUGUUGCAGAGCCUUUGUUGAAAUCGCCGGUGGGGGAGAGCAGUUUGACGGACGUCUUACUGGAGCGGAACUUUCCUCAAUCUCGAUCUGUUGAUUAUGGAUCAUUAGAUGCAACUACUACUGCACAAUUGCUAUCUUUGUACCAGGAGUGGCAACGCCUCACUGCUGACCAGGUCAGCAAGAAACAGGAAGAAAUAGGUUUCAAGAUAGAUGCAGUGGAAGCAGUUGCAAUGAAACUGUUGCAACGACUUAAUUAUUCAGCUUCAGUCAUGAAAACUAGUGCUGCAAGCCUUCAAGAUGUGCAGUACUUGAAAGUUGAGGUACUGGAGAUGAAGAAGGCACUUAACAUCGUUCUUGAAAAGUAUGAAGCUCUUUGCAAGCGGGUUGAACAGCAAGGUCCUGACUUUCUUUCUGGCCCAACUCGAGCACCUGCAUUCACCGCCCUUGGCACAGAAAUUUCGUUAAGUGAAGCCUUACAACAGAUUUUUAGAACUGGUUCCAGUAUGGUUGAUUCUAAACCUCCUUAACAAAUAUUCAUUCACAGUAACCAUAGUAUGAAUAAACGACUCUCUUACAGUCAAAAUGCAUUGAAGUGUGUUCGAGGUGUGCAAGCGUAUCAUAGAAAUUCCAGUUUGGAUAAAUUCGCGAGAAGUUUAUGUUGCAAGUGGAAAUGCAAGACAAGGCAGCUUAUGCAUGAAUUUCUGAGAUGUAUAAUCAGAUACGAGCUUAUCAUUGCGAGCCAUGAAGGGCUCCCAAGGCAUCCGUUUCAGUGUAAGAACAUACUCUAUCCAAUAGAUCAUAAGAUCAUUCUGCAUUGUUUAC